AUGGCUGCUUCUCGAUCUACUCGUGUUACAAGAUCUACAGUGGGUUUGAAUGGUUUGGAUGAAAACUUUUGUGGUAGAACAUUAAGAAACCGUAGUAUUGCUCAUCCAGAGGAAGUUUCACCCCAUCCUCAAAUACGGUCAAGGUCACCAAAGAAGAGGCCAGAGUCUGUGCAAACUCAGAAGGGAAGUAACGGUGGAAGAACUACUGAUUUGAAACAACAGAGCGCUCGGGAGUCAUGGGUGAGCCCUAGAAAGAGAGGGCUGUCUACUUCGGAAAAAGAUAAUGUUGAUAAACAAACUGUGGAAAAUUGUGAAAAAAAACAAGCAGAACCUGUUUCACCAGUUUUGAAAAGAAUUAAGCGCUGUUUACGUUCAGAGGCACCCAACAGUUCAGAAGACGACUUGCCUGCUAAAACAGAGAAGGAAUCAUUGGAGCAUAAAAGCUUAGUGUCGGACAAUGAUGCAGUCUCCACAGGGACUAAGCGAGCUUGUCGAUGUCUUAUAUUGGAUGAUUGUGACAAAAGGGAAGUUAAAAAGGUGAAUGUCUGUGCAGAAGGAUUUAACAAUUCUGCAAUAGUUGACGAGAUCGCAGGUUAUCAGACUGUCAAUGGAGUUGGUGAGAGAGACUCAAAUUCUCUUAACUGUGAUGACUGUCAGCUUGAUGGGAACACUAAGCAAAACAGUGCUGGUUCCUGUAUGCCCAAGGACAAAACAGUAGCAGAAAAUGGAGACUCGUUUGCCCAUUCUUCAUUGUUGCUUAAUAGCAGCAAGGAGGACAGUGUUGUAGACCAUUAUGUGCCUUGCACAAACUCUCAAGAACAGGUAAAGUUAGAGGACCACAAAAUAAUAAAUGACUGCUUGCCUGAGGAGCAUGCAAAUCAGGCAGAUGAGCCAGCUACAGGGUCCUUUUCUGAAAUCCAGUCAUCUUUGUUAAGGGAUUCGGAGGAGGAGGUAGAUGUUGUAGGAGAUAGUAGUGCCUCUAAGGAACAGUGUGCUGAAAACACCAAUAGCAACCUGAAUACUCAUCAUGACAGUGCAUCAAUCUCAGGUGAACCUGAACCACAUUCUUCAGUGCUGGACUGUGUUUCAGCUCAAAUGACUUCUGUGUCGGAACUUCAAGAACACAGAUAUACAUUGAGAACUUCACCACGAAGGGCUGCUCCUGCCAGAAGUAGCCCUACUAAAAAUAACUCUCCUUGUAGAGAAAACGGACAGGUUGAGGAAAAUAAUCUUAGUCCCACUGAAAAGAAUGUACCUGUAGGUAUUAAUAAUAUCAAUGGAUCUCCCCAAAAGUCUGAAGAAAUUAAACAGAAUGAAAAAGAGAGAAAUUGUAAUAUGGGAGAUCAUGGGAGUGAUGGACUAAGAAAGCCACUUUCUGAGGCUAGGCUUGUUGCUGGAUAUGUACCAUCUGCCAAAGAGAGUGCCAACAUCCACACUGCAGAGGAUGAUGAGGAAGAGCCUGAUGUGUAUUACUUUGAAUCAGAUCAUGUGGCAUUGAAACACAACAAAGAUUAUCAGAGACUGUUACAGACGAUUGCUGUACUCGAGGCUCAACGUACUCAAGCAGUUCAAGACCUUGAAAGUUUAGGCAGACACCAGAGAGAAGCACUGAAAGAUCCUAUUGGAUUUGUGGAAAGACUCCAGAAGAAGGUCGAUAUGGGUCUUCCGUAUCCUCAGAGAGUUGUUCAGCUCCCUGAGAUUGCCUGGGACCAAUACACCACUAGCCUUGGAAACUUUGAGAGAGAAUUCAAAAACCGAAAACGUAACAGUAGGAGAGUGAAGCUGAUUUUUGACAAAGGUAUACCUGCAAGACCAAAAAGUCCUUUGGAUCCCAAGAAGGAUGGAGAGUCUAUUUCAUACUCUGUCUUGCCUUUAAGUGAUGGUCCAGAAGGUUCUACAAACAGUCGUCCACAGAUGAUAAGAGGACGACUUUGUGAUGAGACCAAACCUGAAACUUUUAACCAGCUGUGGACUGUAGAGGAACAGAAAAAACUUGAGCAAUUGCUUUUGAAGUAUCCACCAGAGGAAGUAGAGUCCCGACGGUGGCAGAAGAUAGCUGAUGAACUGGGAAAUAGAACUGCAAAGCAGGUAACAA